UCUUUUUGCAACUCUAGAGAAAGAAGAGGAACACUAUCCUCCUGAAAACAAGGAACCUUGUUUUACACCCCCAUAUGCAAAAGGUUAUUCGCUCUUUUUUUACUUAAAAGAGCUUCUCGUCUUUUUUCAGGCAGACCUCCAAUAAACCAACUUUCAAUAUUCCUAUAUAACUUAAAGCGGUUAGACGGAAGGGUGAGCUGAACCCAACACACUAUGAGACUAUUAGACCUCAUGUAAACACUUAAACAAGCGAGUUUCCGACUACAUGUGUUUUUGGCAUUGACAGCUAAUAAUUUGCAUUGGUCCAUCGCCCGAAAUGGAGGACCCCUUUCAGAUGAGAUGUGAAAGUUCUCGAAUAAUUUCGUUGACAUAGAAACUGUGAUUGGAGUGCAAUAUAUUUUGAAAGUUUCUUAAACACUUAGACUGAGAGAUUUCGGAAGUAAUCGACAUUUUACCAUAUUUAUUAUGACUUUCGGCAUUCGGUAAUCAUUAAAACAUUUUCUGCGUGCAUGCUUGAACGAGGAACUUUUCAGGUAUGAUUCUUUUUCAGAGUUAAACGUUUUAUACUAAAUCGUAAAGCAUCGCAAAAUCUUUGAGAUAUUGAAUUGUUUCUUUCUGCUUAUUUCAAAAUAUAUUCCUGAGAAGACGGACAAUAUUGGAUUGGAUUGAAUUAUAAAUUCUCAAGUUAACACGAAAGGCAGGUUCGUUUUGGGGACGUCUUGUUUUUUACCAUCAAAACCAAUUGGAGUGGAACAUACGAAAGGACAGAGAAAAAUCAUUACGCCACCGAAAUAAGUGUCUGGCCUUGUUCGUCAGUCCGCAGGUUUAACCAUGAUUUACCAAGAUGGGUGGUGUUUAACCAUUUGCUGUUUCUUGCUAUUAAUCGGAGAGGUCGCUCCCUCAGGCCCGAAUACACUUUCUGAAAAUGAACGAUUUCCAAAUAAAGAUGAGACUGAAGUUUGUGGGACAAUCCGAGAUGUGAUUCAACGCGAUUCGGGAAGAUUCCGACGUAUCUUGAUUCGAAACACAAACGAUGAUGUUGAUUACAUCAAUGACGAUGCAAGGCGAAUGUCGUCGAGAGCAAAGAGUAAAUUAGAUGUUUUAGCUUCUUUGGUGAAGCAAGAGUGGCCGCCACCUGAAUCUGUACGGGUCAGGGUAACCAAGGCAUGGACUGAUCAAUUUGUGGCUUCUGAUCCGACAUCGUUGCACUAUGAAGGUCGCUCAGUGCAAGUUGAAAUGUCUGAUAGAUCAAGCAGCAAAGUUGGACGUUUGGCAGGACUUGCUAUCGACGCUGGCUUUGACUGGGUCGAGCGCACAAGUGUCAAUUACAUUCGGGCAUCAGUUAUCCCGGAUGUUUGCCAGACAUCGGUGGACCUCGUUUUCGUUCUUGAUGGAUCAGGAAGUGUUGGGGAAAAUAAUUUCAAGAAAGUAAAAGAAUUCGUCAAACGUGUUAUAGAUUUCUUUAAUAUCGGUGUAGAUGGCACACAUGUCGCUGUAGUGACGUAUGAGACAGACACAAACAUUGAGUUUAACCUUGUGAAAUAUUACACAAAAACUGAUUUGCGGAAAGCGGUUGAUGAUAUAAAGUAUCGUGGGUACUUAACAUACACUGGUGAAGCUUUAAAUGAUGUCAGAGAGAAGGUGUUUACAGCUAGUGCUGGCAUGCGCACUGAUGUUGGUAUUCCAAAGGUUCUAGUCUUGUUAACUGACGGUUACUCCAAUGGUAUAAGCGUGUUGCAGCCUUCAGACCAACUACGACAACUCGGCGUCAGUAUAUUCAGUAUUGGUGUAGGACCAAGUGUAUCCCAGUCAGAAUUGAAAGAAAUUGCCUCAGAUCCUGACGAAGAAUAUGUGUUUACGCUUAGUUCGUUCAACCAAUUGGCGAGUUUUGUUGACAGAGUUAGCUCUGUUUCAUGUAGUGAGGGAGCCUUGAUUGAUUCUUGUAAAUCAGCAGAGACAUCUGUCGAAAGUGGUUCGUUUAAAUAUUUCCGAACGACGUUUAAAAUUGUAACGAAAGAUGAAGUCAGUGUUGAAGUUAGAGACUUGCAAGGUAUUAGUCAUUUGUACGUUUCUGCUUCGAGUAAAAAUCCUGGUCCGUUAGACCCAGCAAGUAUAAAGAAUGAAGAAAACACAUCUCCCAAGGCCGUCUCAGUUCAACUGGAUGCGACGAAGACGGUGUAUGUUGCUGUGCAAGGACAAGAGGCAAACAAUAAGUUUAGGUUAUCAUUUUUGGAUAAUUUGUUCACAAGUAACACCUUUCAAGUUAACGUCAAAGAAGGGCUUGAUGCUCAUGAAAUAUUAACAUUAUCCAUGGUCGUGCAUCCAUACAGCUUAACGUACUCAAUUUCAGACGGAGACAAGUUGGCUUUCAGCAUUAAAGGAUCCUCUCCCGAAAUCUCAACCAAGAUAAGACUCGAUUACGAAACGACUCAACAAUACCGUCUAGUCAUUGUGGCUGAUGAUGUAAAUGACGUUUGUCAUAAAAGUCGUGCUUUGGUCGAUAUCAAUGUGAUUGAUGUGAAUGAUAAUGCUCCAACAUUUGCAAGGAGUCAAUACACAGCCAGUAUUGAUGAAAAUGCUCAAAGUGGUGCAUUAUGUUAAACAGAUGGUUGCAACUGAUUUGGAUUCUGGCGAAAAUGGCAGAAUAACUUACACUAUAAAAUAUUCAACUGCACCGGGUCUUUUUAGCAUUGAUU